AGUGCUGCCCUGCUCUGCCUGGGUGCUUUACUUUCUUCUUUUGCUCUCCUCCCUCCCUCCCUCUCUCUCUCUCUCUACUUUCUCCUCCUUGUUUUUAUUAGCUUCUUCUCAAAUAUUCUGUCCUUUUUCUCUUUUUGCAUUAUCGUUCUUUCUUGUUUUUGAUUCUUUGUGUGUAAGAUAGUGAAAUAGAAGCGUUCUUGGUGAUCCUCCGCCCUCACCAAUGGCAAUGGCAGAGAUUGCUCACCCUCCCAUGGAGCAACUCCAGGACCUCGAGUAUUGCAUAGACUCCAACCCUCCAUGGCCUGAAACCAUAUUGUUAGCGUUUCAAAAUUACAUAUUAGUACUUGGGACAAGUGCGAUGAUCCCUACACUGCUUGUACCACUAAUGGGUGGAUCCGACGGGGACAAGGCACGGGUAAUACAAACCUUGCUUUUUGUUGCUGGAAUAAACACUCUUCUCCAAGCACUCUUUGGAACCAGAUUGCCAGCUGUAGUUGGAGGAUCCUUUGCAUACGUCAUCCCCAUAGUCUAUAUUAUUAGUGAUUCAUCUCUUCAACGGAUAAGCGAGCCACAUAUAAGAUUUAUACAAACCAUGAGGGCGAUCCAAGGAGCGUUGAUUGUUGCCGCAAGCAUUCAAAUAAUCUUGGGGUACAGCCAAGUUUGGGGUCUGUUUUCACGUUUUUUCAGUCCCCUUGGUAUUGCACCCGUCGUUGGAUUAGUUGGUCUGGGCCUAUUUCAGAGGGGAUUUCCCGCGCUCGGGAAUUGUGUCGAGAUUGGGCUGCCAACACUAUUGUUGGUAAUUGGCUUGUCACAAUAUCUAAAGCACGUUAAACCACUGAGGGACUUCCCGCUGUUUGAACGGUUUCCUAUAUUGAUAUGCGUCACGAUUAUUUGGAUAUAUUCCGUAAUUCUGACAGCUAGUGGAGCUUACCGAGGCAAACCUCUUCAUACUCAACUCAGUUGUCGUACAGAUAGAGCAAAUAUCAUAUCUACUGCUCCAUGGUCUGUUGAUGUAGAUAUGUGCAUUCUUCUAAUCAGUAAUGCUUUUUUGAUGAGUGUAAAUAAUACUAAACUUACUGAUCAUAAUCUCAGGUUCAAGUUCCCGUACCCUUUGCAGUGGGGUCCACCUACUUUCGCCGCAGGCCAUUCAUUUGCAAUGAUGUCUGCAGUUCUUGUAUCAAUGGUUGAGUCAACUGGUGCAUACAAGGCUGCAUCUCGUCUAGCAAUUGCCACUCCACCUCCAGCCUACGUACUUAGUCGGGGGAUUGGUUGGCAGGGAAUAGGUGUUUUACUUGAUGGUCUUUUUGGAACAGGCACCGGGUCCACUGUAUCUGUGGAAAACGUGGGACUCCUUGGACUCACUCGGGUUGGGAGCCGUAGAGUUGUUCAGAUUUCUGCGGGCUUCAUGAUAUUCUUCUCCAUGUUAGGGAAAUUCGGAGCUGUUUUUGCGUCUAUACCUUUCGUGAUAUAUGCUGCGUUAUACUGUGUUCUGUUUGGCCUUGUAGGUUCUGUAGGCUUGUCGUUUCUUCAGUUCACAAACAUGAACUGUAUGCGCAAUCUCUUCAUCACGGGCCUUUCACUCUUCCUAGGAAUCUCGAUUCCUCAGUUCUUCAAUGAAUAUUGGUCCCAAGGUCGCCAUGGCCUCGUUCACACCAAUGCCGGAUGGUUCAAUGCAUUCAUGAACACGAUAUUCUCCUCCCCGCCAACAGUGGGAUUGAUCGUGGCGGUGUUCCUGGACAACACGCUGGAAGUGGAAAAAUCGAAGAAAGACAGAGGGAUGCCGUGGUGGGUGAAGUUCAGAACAUUCAGAGGCGACAACCGCAACGAGGAAUUCUACACUUUGCCGUUUAACCUCAACAGAUUCUUUCCACCUACAUAGCCCCAGAUAGAAAUCUUGGAAGAAAAAGAACAGAGCGGUAGUUACUUUCUUAGGCAAAUUCAAAUUCAAUUAACAUGAUAUUCAAAUGAUGUUUGGUUGAGCUUAAUCCAUCUCCUGUCCAGUUCCAUAUCCUAGACAGAUAACUGAUGAAAUCCUAAUUGGUUUUGUCGCCUCAACAUUGGGUUUUUUUGGUUCUUGUGGGGUAGCAAGGUCUUCAUGAUAGGGAAUGUAGAGCACUAGAGCUUACUGCAGAUCAAUUGAUGCUUUGUAGGAUUUAAAUUUCCAUAAAUAACAAAGAUGUAGAGAUCUCAAUGUGUUCUUUUAGGCCCAUAUUCAACUUUUAUGUCAAGGUCUCAACCCAAAUGUGUUCCAUUUUAACUGGUUAUAUGCUUAACAUGUCUCUUUUAUGUGUA